CGACGCGUCCUCCCUCCGCUCAUUCACUUCGGGCUCGGACUCCCAGCGGACCAAAAACACAAACCCCGGCGGGGACCGACCUACGCCACGGCGGCUCCUCUCCGCGCGAACACCGCCCCGUCCUCGGCCGCACGCUCGGACUGCGCACGCCGCCGCCGCCCUCCUCCUUCUCCGCGACGUUUGGAUUCUACCUCCGGAGCUCGUUUCGGCUCGGAUCGGGACGCGGAAAGGGCAGCGCGGAGAGCCACAGUCACAGGUCUCCGGGUUUCGCGUUUGCUGCUGUUAGCCAUUAGCCUGUAGCCGCCGCCGGGACGCUGCGCCAAAUUGGGCUAAACUUCUCUUUUUGCGCGCGUUGUUUUGCGUAAAUCCCGUCACGAUGCGGUGGUUUUUGCGGGGUUUAAACACGUGGCCAGGGAUUAGCAUAGGUUGACGCGCGUUUUAUCCGAAUUUUGCCUGGUGCGAGUGCGUUUUUUUUUUUUUUUUUUUUUUUUCUUUCCUCGUUUAUCCAUCGCUGAUUUUGGCACCGUUUGGAGUGGACUUUAGCCCGGGGGUGGUGCGUUCGCUUUACCCCCCCCUCCCCGCUUUUCCGUGGCAUAAAAAGCCCUCAUUGAUUCAAGGUUUGGGGCUGUUCACAAACUUUGGUUAAAGUUUUUUUUUGGGCUACUUUUUGGAGGUGUGUGUGUUUUUUUUUUUUUUUCUCCAACGCGGUGGAAAAAUGGAUGCGGGAAUAGAGAAAGAAUGCAGCGCCUUGGGAGGGCUCUUCCAACUCAUCAUGAACGAUAUGAAGGCCAGUUACCCCACGUGGGAGGACUUCGUAACCAAAGGAGCCAAACUGCAGUCACAGCUCAGGACGACCAUCUUGGUGACGGGAGCAUUUUUAGACGCGUUUCAGAAAGUGGCCGACAUGGCGACUGGAACGAGAGGAGCGACAAAGGAGAUCGGAUCAGCACUGACCCGGAUGUGUAUGAGACACAGAAGCAUCGAGUCCAAACUCAAACUGUUUACAACGGCCCUGUCGGAAAGUCUGAUCUCUCCCCUGGAGCAGAAGAUGGAGGAGUGGAAGAAAGUGGCCAGUCAGCUGGACAAGGACCACGCCAAAGAAUACAAAAAGGCUCGCGCUGACAUCAAGAAGAAAUCCUCUGACACCAUCAAACUGCAGAAGAAAGUCAAGAAAGGUAAAGACGAGGCUCGGGGGCAGCUGGACACCGCCUUGCAGGACGUGAACGUUCGAUACGCCGUUCUGGAGGAGACCGAGAAGAGGGCCGUGUGCAAAGCUCUGAUAGAAGAACGUUCCAGAUACUGCAGCUUCGUCACCAUGCUCAAACCCGUGCUGGAUCAUGAGAUGAACAUGCUCGGGGAGGUGACUCAUCUACAGACGAUUCUAGAAGAUCUGAGCAGCCUCACAGCAGAGCCUCACAAACUGCCCCCGGCCAGUGAGCAGGUGAUUUUGGACCUGAAGGGUUCAGACUUCAACUACACGUAUCAGACUCCUCCAGCGUCGCCCAGCAGCUCUUUGUCCCGGAAAAGCAGCAUCGGCAGUAAUUACCAGUGUGGGUCAGUGAGACACGUGCCGUCUCUGGACUCCAUCAGCUGCGCAGUGGACGGACUUCACAUCCAGGACUCGAUGGGUUCAACCAAUCAGCUGUCGUCUACCGGUGGAGGGGGCGUGGCCACAGAGAACGGUCUUUUGGCUCCGCCCCUCAGCGCGUACAGCCACCCGGGCGAGCGAGCGCGAGCCAUGUCGGCGUCCGGGAAGUCUUCGUGUUCGGCGCGGGAGCAGUUGGCGUUGACGUUGGGGGCUCUUCACUCGGACACGUCGAGGAGCAGCAGAGACUCUCUUCACUGCUCCAGCGGGUACAGCACCCAGACCACCACCCCGUCCUGCUCCGAGGACACCAUCCACUCACACGUUGACUACGAGUCCAUCUCUCUCCACGGCGACGCGGACUCCGUCUCCCUGCACCACCUGCACCACGGCUUCAGCCAGUCCGACUUCGACAAAUCCUCCACCAUCCCGCGCAACUCCGACCUCGGCGUCCAGUUCCGCAAGUUCGCCCAGUCCAAGCGCCCCGCCUCCACCGUCUCCUUGCUCGCCGACACCGAGAUGAUCGGCGGCUCCCACACGGCCACCAUCCGCCGCAAGCCCUCGUCCAAACCGGUGUUCCGCAGGGGCACCAUCAGCGGCGGGGUGCCCAUCCCCAUCUCCACGCCGCAGGUCCCGAUGAACGCGCAGCUGAGCGACGAGAACCUGCCCGGCGCUCCCCCCGGCGGCGUCCUGGGGCACAACAAGCUGUGCACUUCGACGCAAAGCUUAAGCGCGUUGGCGCAAAGCCACCACGCGGGGUCGAGCGUGUCCCCGUACUACCAGCUGGUGCCGGGGCAGAUGCCGAUCCCGGUGCCCGUCCCGACCAUCCCGGAGAACAACCAAGCGAAGCAGCAGCAGUUCGCGAAGCAAGCUCAAAAUCAGCCAACCGCAACAUCAAAUCUACGGCCAAAACCAAGCGUACGCGCCGCCGAAAUGCCCGCCGCAGGUUCACCAAAAACCGCCGCUGCCCCAACACCUGCAGCACUUCCAGACGCAGCAGAACCAAACGCAAUUCCAGCCCGUUUAUCACCAGGAGACCGGGAACGUCUACCCGAACAACAUCCCGAACCACCCGCAGAUGCCAGCGCCCCUGCCGCCGGUGUACGACGCCGUCUACCCGAACCUCAGCCAGCAGCAACGCCAGCAGCUCUACCACCACCAGAACCACCACACGCUGCCGGCGACGCUGUCCCAGGGCGAGGGCUCCGUUUCGGGUGGAAGCGUCGGCGGCGAAACCCUUCCACCGAACCAAAAUCACGACGACGACGAAGAAGAGGAGGAGCCCAGACCCGGAGGAAUGGCGUCCAUGCUCCGUAACGUGAAGCUACGGCGGACGGUAACGAACGACAGGUCCGCCCCCAUGCUCCCGCCGCCGCCGCCGCCGACAACCAAUCACAAGUGAGCGUUUUUUUUCCCGACUCGCUCCCCGGAAACUGAAACUGAAACAAAAAAAGUGGUGUGCUUUAUUUCAACUGCCUUUAUCUUUAUUAUUGUUUUGAACGAGUCUUAUCUAUUGACGAAAUGUUAAUUAUUACGAUGUUUUUGCUUUAGUGCUUCUUAAAAAAAAUAAAAUAAAAAAUGUGGGCGGGUAAUUAUUUAAAAUUCGCGCGAAAUCGCUUCUUCGACGUCGAUCCGAUGAUACAGAUUUAAUAUUUUUUGGAUUUGAAAUUGGUUUAAAUCUCGUUAAAAAGUGAUUUCGUCGUCCGUUGUUCAGUUUUGGGUGCGUUUGUUGCCGUAGAGACGCUGGUCCCGGGCGGGCGGGGUUUACGCUCCACUGUGGUUGAGCCAUGUUUGAGUGGACGUUUUUUUUUUUUGUUUGUUUGUUUUGUUUUUUUUGUUCCUUUAUGACUUUACUGUAACGGUACAAAAACACGUCUAUUCCCCUUUUCCACCAAAGAAAUGUAGAAGUUCAAAGUAAAGGUUUUCGUUUUGAUAAGUCGUUGUUCUGUCUGGAAUGUUCCGCAGUGUGACUUUAAACAUAUCUACUUUUAUCUACGUUUAUUUAAUUACAGGUGGUUUUAUGGGUCAAAAAUGCCGAGAAAACCAGCGGGAAAACUGUGAGCGGCGUCGCCUCUCCGCAGAUCUGAGCUGUAACUUGGUCCGGUUUGGGAUCCAUGACGAUAGGAAGGUUUUAAUGCCAUACUGUGGAACAUUCUAGACAAAGCGAUAACAUCUCCAUGGAGAAAAGCGUGUGACGGACCCUCCAGGACUGAACCAGGACUAAACCAGGACUAUACCAAUAUACCAAACCAGGACUUGACCAGGACUUGACCAGCAGUGAACCAGAACUAAACUGGGACUAACCCGGGACUUAAACAGGACUACAUUAAUAUACCAAACUAGAACUAAACUGGAAUUGAACCAGGACUAAAACAGGAUUUAAACUUGACUUAACCUGGACUAAAUCAAUACUAAACCAGGACUAAACCAGGACUUAAUCAGGACUUGACCGGUACUGACCCAGGACUAAACCAGGAAUAAACCGGGAAUAAAUUAAUAUACUAAACCAGGACUAAACCAGAACUAAACCAGGACUGAACCAGAACUAAACCAGGACUGAACCAGAACUAAACCAGGACUGAACCGAGACUAAACCAGGUCUAAACCAGGACUUAAUCUGGACUAAAUUCAUAUAACCAAACCAGGAUUUGACCAGGACUAAACGAGCACUGAACCAAUACUAAACCAGGAUUAAACCGGGACUAAAUCAGGACUAAACCAAUAUACCAUGCCAGGACUUAACCGGUACUUGACCAGGACUAGACCAGGACUAGACCAGGACUAGACCAGGACUAGACCAGGACUAAACCAGGACUAAACCAGCACUGAACUAAGACUAAACGAGGGCUAAAUUAAUAUAACAAACCAGGACAAAAUCAAUACGAAACCAGGACUAAACCAGGAUUUAAGUAGGACUAAACCGGAACUAUACCAAUAUACCAAACCUGGACUUGACCCGGAUUUGACCAGGACUAAAGCAGGACUAAACCAAGACUAAACUAGUACUCAAACUGGUCUAAACCUGUACUUUUUCUCCAAUCUGACCCCGUUUUUUUACACGUUGCCGUACCUAAUAAAGUGUCCCUGUAUAUCUUGACCUUUUUUUUUUUCUUCUUCGUCACUUUGAUGGAAAAGUUGGAACAGACGCGUCACUUUCGUCGAUAAAAAACUGUAAAAGACUGAACCUGAGACUCUCGACGUGUAAAUACAGAACAAAACGCUGUAGAGACAAAUAUUACUGUGGAUCUGUGUAUAGAACUAAACUCAAAAUAGCAAAAACGCCAACAUAAUCCCGACUAGAUUUUACUCGAUUACUUUUUUAGAGGCUGUAAUUCUUCCGUGGGGCCACCAGGUGUCGCCAUAGCCGGCUGUGGACACGACGUUCAGGUGGAUUCUUUGUGUAUUUUCAGUCCUGUAAAGCAAUAAAUGUACAUUAUUAUAAAAAAACGAGACAAAGGUUUAAAGAUUUUCCAAGGCACAACGCAUUUAUUCAGGUUUGGAACGGGCGGGAAAGUAGUUUUGAAUGUAAAAAAAUACUUGGUUUUCCGUUUUAUUAUUAAAUUGUUAUCGCUGUUA